AUGGAACGAAACGAAGAAAAUUUCAGUGUGGCAGAAGAUGUAGAAGAAAGUGUGAGGAGAAGUGCAAAGAGUGACACAGGCAGAGUAGAAACUUCUCGAAAACGAAAAAGAAAUCACCGAUCCCCGACGACAUCGGAAUCUGAACAUUCUGAUGAUUCACAAAGAAGGAAGCACGGAAGACGUAGGCACAGUAAACGUCAGGCAAGAUUGGAGGAGGAAAAUCUGCGACUUCUUGCACUGCUUUCCAGACGAGAACGUGUUCCGAUGGAUCUCAUCAAAUUUGAUCCGAAAACGACUGACGCGACUGGCUGGGUGAAAAUGGUUGACGAGUGGAUUCGCCGUUAUAAUCCUGAUGAAUAUGAAAUUGUCCAGCACUUGGCGAAAGCAUUUAAGGGCGAAGCGGCGCAGUGGUUCACAGGUAUGGAUCCGUCAGGAAAAAGCUGGGUAGAAAUACGUUCUGAGUUUUUAAGUGCGUAUGCAAAAAAUAAGAACGUUGCGUCGGAGCUGCACACGAUUUGGAUGGAACACGCAGCGUUUACACUUGAAAAUUUUAUGAAGAAUGAGAGAAAAACGGUGGACGAGACUGCAGCUCAACUUACGGGAUUAUCCUAUUCGGGGCAAAAUAGAUUCGUUCGCAACAUCUUUGUGCGUGAAUCACCUAAAAGUCUACAAGAAGCGAUGGCGUACCUUGAUGGACGAACGACCGACUUCCAUCAACCGCGUGCAUCCUCCAGAGCCCCUGGUCCACAUACUAAGACUUUGGCGCCGCGAGAUGGUAAGUCGCACCGUUUUGACAUCGAGUGCUACAAUUGUGGAAGAAAAGGACAUCGGAAGGCCGAAUGUCGAUCAGCUCUGCAGACACAGCGUGGCAGCUACUCACGGGUCAUCAAGGAACUGGACAGUAGAGGUUUGGGGUCAAAGAAGCCGAUAACCUGCUACAACUGUAAGGAAGAGGGACACAUUGCCCCGAGUUGCCCUAAGAAGAACGAGAAGAGAGUUUGGCUGCCUGGUAAAAGACAAGUCGUUUGUAUGCGUUUGAGGGGCUUAGGAAAUGGGUAUGUGGAUUGCCGUGAGAUGAUCUCAGUGUGUGCAGAGUUGAAUAGCAUCAAUGUUGAAAUUGAUUUAUAUGUAGUACCGGACGAAAGUUUGUCCACAAAAAUAAUUCUGGGUAAAGAAUUGUUAGCUAAUGGUAUCUCGGUCACAUUAGAUGGAACCAUAGUUAAAUUUGCAAAAUUACACAAAUUUGUUGGUGCGUGUGUUGCAACAACCAAUUUUGACAUUGUAGAUUGUGAUGUGGAUGAGAUGAGAGAAUCACUUAUAAAAUUGUUAAGACUGCACGGGGAACAUAUGAGUGUUGAUACUCCUAAGAUUCGUGUAACAUCUGGCAGCUUUGAGAUUAGACUGAAAGAUGAAAAUAAAACUGUACAGCGAAGACCUUAUAAGCUAGGAAUUUUAGAGCGUGAGAGUGUUAGACAUAUGGUAAAUAAAAUGCUCGAGGCAGGAAUCGUUCGAGAAAGCAGGAGUCCGUUCUCUAGUCCAAUUAUCUUAGUUAAGAAAAAAGAUUGA